AUGGCUUUGUUUAAAGAUGGGGAUCAUGCUGUUUUGACAUGUCAUGAUCGAACGAAAAUCGUGCAGAUUCGUAAAGAACGUCCGAUAUUUAUCGAUAAAAACAAAAUCUUUCUCGAUCAUUUGAUUGAUGAAUGCGAUGGAACUUAUUUCGAAUUGAAGGAUCGAUAUUUGAGUAAAAUCAAGACCGAUCAAGCUAAAAAUCUCAUUCAGACAGAAGAGACAUCUUCGGAUGCUGCUGGGCAAGACAAUCGAGAUUUAUGUGACGAGGGAACUGCCAACCAAACACUACAACAUGAUGAAAUCGAGCAAAUGAAAUCCGAAGGUGCAUCAGGUCAAACAAUUAUUUCUCAAUUAGUAUCGAAAAGUGCAACAUUCGAAAAGAAGACUGUUUAUUCUCAACAGAAAUAUCUAAACAAGAAAAAGAAGAAAUACAUUCAAAUCUAUCAAGCAUGGAAGCCAAGUAUCCGUCUGUUAUGUCAAGCGUACACGCAUGAUUUACAAAAAAUCAUGUAUUUACGACGUGACACUUUAGCAAUGCUUUUGUCAUUAUCAAAUAUCAGUCAUGAUUCGAAUGUGGCAAUAGUCGAGUCAUGUCAGGGUUUGAUUUUAGCAUCUGUGAUUCAACGCUGUGCGGGAGGUAAUGGAUUGAUAUUCAAUUUGACGCCAGCCGGAGAACAUAAUUCCACUGCUCCUUGUUGUGAUUUUAUGGACUUUUCCGAAGAGUAUACUUCAAAUAUUUACAACAUUCCUAUUGAAAACAUUGGCGAUAUCAAUGCGGUUGAACGUGCUAAUCAAGUGAAACCAUCGAAAGAAGAGCCAAGUGAAAAGAUGUUACAAGCACAAGCACGUCGACAGCGUCGUCUUGAUGGUUUACAACUAUUUGAAAAAACAAAAAUGAAUAGUUUAAUCAUAGCAAUCUAUUCUCAAUCUGUUCAAAGUUUGUUAGAAUGCUAUCAAUAUUUGAAAAAACGUGGCGGAACGAUCCACGUUGAAGUGGCUGAUUCAUGGUUACGAGAAUAUCAGAUUCUCGAUGAACGAACACAUCCAUUCAUUCGUAUGUCUGGUGCAAGUGGGUAUUUGCUCAGUGGGAUGAUUGUUGAAUCCUAA